UGCACUUUUUAAUGGCAAAGAAGAAGUUUCAGAUUUUGGGGGGUGAGGGGCUGGCCUUUUUUGUUCCGCUGGAGAAUCCUGCUUGAACGGAGAGCAGGAGCACAACAGACCGACACGAAACCACAGCGCCACGGACAAUCGGCUGAACCGCGGCGCCGCCAGAGACCACGCCGGCCCGGGAAGGACGGGCGCCGAGGAGGAAGGCUUCGCGCUCCCGCUCUGCACAAACUAGCUCCAGGGUCAACGGGCAGGCAGCUGGCAGCUAUCGCCGUAACUAACUCCUCUGCGGGUCUGGGGGGUUCUGGUAGGGGCAGGGGCCGGGGGGUAUAACGAGAGGGGAGAAGACUCCACGCCGAGAGGAGGGGGCUGGAAGUCUGAGACGCUUCCAGCCUGAAGGGGCCGGCGGUUUGGCCACAGCGCCCCGGACUAGCUUGCCUUUACCCGCGCGGCUAAGUGAAUGGGAUGGAGCCGGGACCGUCUGGCGCUGUGCCCAUGGGGGUCUUCCCCCCACCCCUGCAGCAGGUGUUCCAUGCCCCUCGCCGGCCAGGCAUGGGUACCGUGGGCAAGCCCAUCAAGCUGCUGGCCAAUUACUUCGAGGUGGAGAUCCCAAAGAUGGAUGUCUAUCACUAUGAGGUGGACAUCAAGCCUGACAAGUGCCCUCGGCGGGUCAACAGGGAGGUGGUGGAGUACAUGGUGCAACACUUCAAGCCCCAGCUUUUUGGUGACAGGAAGCCAGUGUAUGAUGGCAAGAAGAACAUAUACACGGUGCUAGCGCUUCCGAUUGGGAGUGAGAAGGUGGAUUUCGAGGUAACCAUUCCAGGUGAGGGAAAGGACCGAAUAUUUAAGGUGUCAAUCCGUUGGCUGGCCAAGGUGUCGUGGCGCCUGCUGCAGGAGACUCUGGUCAGCGGCCGGCUGCAGGUCCCCCUCGACUCGGUCCAAGCCCUCGACGUGGCCAUGCGCCACCUGGCCUCUAUGAGGUACACUCCAGUGGGCCGUUCAUUUUUCUCACCACCUGAAGGAUACUACCACCCAUUGGGUGGGGGGAGGGAGGUCUGGUUUGGCUUCCAUCAGUCUGUACGGCCCGCUAUGUGGAAGAUGAUGCUUAACAUUGAUGUGUCUGCCACUGCCUUUUACAAAGCCCAGCCUGUAAUAGAGUUCAUGUGUGAGGUGUUGGAUAUUCGCAACAUUGACGAGCAGCCCAAGACUCUCACUGACUCGCAAAGGGUCCGCUUCACCAAGGAGAUUAAAGGUUUAAAGGUGGAAGUGACCCACUGUGGACAAAUGAAAAGAAAAUAUCGCGUAUGCAAUGUAACCCGACGUCCUGCCAGCCACCAGACGUUUCCUCUUCAGCUUGAAAGUGGGCAGACAGUAGAAUGUACAGUGGCUCAGUACUUCAAGCAGAAGUACAACUUGCAGCUAAAAUACCCCCACCUGCCCUGUCUACAGGUGGGGCAGGAGCAAAAGCAUACCUACCUACCCCUGGAGGUGUGUAACAUUGUAGCAGGUCAACGGUGCAUUAAAAAACUGACGGAUAAUCAGACCUCAACUAUGAUUAAAGCCACGGCUCGAUCUGCGCCUGACAGACAAGAGGAGAUUAGCAGACUGAUGAAGAAUGCAAAUUUUAACCUCGACCCAUACAUCCAAGAGUUUGGGAUCAAGGUGAAAGAUGACAUGGCUGAGGUGACGGGGAGGGUCCUCCCGGCCCCCAUCCUGCAGUAUGGAGGACGGAACCGUGCUAUAGCGACCCCCAACCAGGGAGUGUGGGACAUGAGAGGGAAGCAGUUUUAUAAUGGCAUUGAAAUCAAAGUGUGGGCGAUUGCUUGCUUUGCGCCCCAGAAACAGUGCAGAGAAGAGGUGCUCAAGAACUUCACAGACCAGCUGCGUAAGAUCUCAAAGGAUGCUGGGAUGCCCAUUCAGGGACAGCCAUGUUUCUGUAAAUACGCCCAGGGGGCAGACAGUGUGGAGCCUAUGUUCAGACACCUGAAGAACACAUACUCUGGCCUGCAGCUCAUCAUUGUCAUCCUACCCGGAAAAACUCCUGUGUAUGCGGAGGUAAAGCGUGUGGGAGACACUCUGCUGGGCAUGGCUACCCAGUGUGUUCAGGUGAAGAAUGUGGUGAAGACGUCUCCUCAGACUCUCUCCAACCUCUGCCUCAAGAUUAAUGUGAAGCUCGGAGGCAUCAACAACAUCCUGGUGCCUCACCAACGGUCAGCGGUGUUCCAGCAGCCGGUUAUUUUCCUGGGAGCAGACGUCACGCAUCCCCCUGCUGGUGACGGCAAGAAGCCCUCCAUUACUGCUGUGGUAGGCAGUAUGGAUGCUCAUCCAAGCAGGUAUUGUGCCACAGUGCGAGUCCAGAGGCCCAGACAGGAGAUCAUUGAAGACUUGUCUUAUAUGGUGCGUGAACUGCUGAUUCAGUUCUACAAGUCGACCCGAUUCAAGCCCACCAGGAUCAUUUUCUACAGAGACGGAGUUCCUGAGGGACAGUUGCCGCAGAUUCUCCACUAUGAGCUCCUGGCCAUCAGAGAUGCGUGCAUCAAACUGGAGAAGGAUUAUCAGCCGGGUAUCACUUACAUCGUGGUUCAGAAGCGCCACCACACGCGCCUCUUCUGUGCUGAUAAGUCUGAAAGGAUUGGGAAGAGUGGGAAUAUUCCUGCAGGAACCACAGUGGACACCAGCAUCACUCAUCCCUUUGAGUUUGACUUUUACCUGUGCAGCCAUGCAGGCAUACAGGGUACCAGCCGCCCGUCUCACUACUACGUCCUUUGGGACGACAAUCGCUUUACGGCUGACGAGUUGCAGAUUCUAACCUACCAGUUGUGCCACACUUACGUGCGUUGUACCCGCUCGGUCUCCAUCCCAGCUCCAGCAUACUAUGCCCGUCUCGUGGCCUUCCGCGCCCGCUACCAUCUGGUGGACAAAGAACAUGACAGUGGUGAAGGCAGCCACGUGUCUGGUCAGAGCAACGGUCGGGACCCCCAGGCACUGGCCAAAGCUGUUCAGAUUCACCAUGACACCCUGAGGACCAUGUACUUCGCCUGAGCUACAUCAGUCUUCAGCACCAUCGACCCUCCCACCUCAGCCCUACCUGGCAGACAGCCCAGCAGCACCACCUCAUCCUCGUCCCUUGUUCCUAGUGACUGCCCGCUACAUACUCCCCAGACUUUCCAGCCAUUCACCUAACUGCAGGAGCAUAAGGUCCCAUCACCUGUAACACGCAGGCACACUCUACACCCUCAUGCACUCAAAAGGUUAUAAUAAUUAUUAUUAUUAUUAUUAAUAUUAUUGUUAUUGUUAUUGUCAUUUUGUUGUUUUUAUUUUACCAGGACUAUUGCCAGCUCUUUUUAUGUUGAAUUUUUAAAACGUGGGUAUUAUUAUGUAUUGUAUUGUACGCUACCUUCACACUCCUACAUAUGUAAGUAUGCAAUAUGGAUGGGAAGAAGUAGGCGAUAUAGAGAAAAAAAAUCCUGAACACUUUUUAAACUGCCACCACGAUGCUGCCUCUUUACCCAUCCAAAUGCCGGAUGCCAGUGUUCCAGGCCCCUUUAGUGUGGGGAUCCUCCAGAGGAGUGGUACUGAGCACGCACACUUACAGUACAUGUAUCAUUUCAAUGUUAUCAUGGACUACAUUCAUGUUUUUAAUGUUUUUGAAUAAUGUUAUUUUCUAAACAGCCUUGAAGAGUAUGAGGUAUGGUACAUUAGCACUUAGUGUUAGCAUGUAGGUGCCACCAGCCCUGCACGUAAGCGUUAGUACAUGUGAGGCCAGCCUUCUGGUCUUUUACUAGCAGAAGCUGAAAGCGCAGGUGUAGCAUAUCAUAGAUGCAGGAGAGAGGUCCCGUCGCACUCUCUGCGCUGGAUGGCCAGUCCCUUAGAGAUUUAGCCAUUAGUGGCAAGCUUAGCGUAACAAUAGAGGGACCAUUUGCAUAGAGUGUAUCAAAUAUACUUGCACCCCAUGCACCUAAACCAGCAUUAUUAACCAGCCAAACAUGAUGCCAACCAAUGGAAGAAAGGGGCACUUAACAGGAAGAUAAUCUUUUGUCUCUGUGCGCAUUGCUCUUUUAGGAUAUACAGUACAAGGCACUUUUUUUUAUUUUAUUUUACUUAUUUCUUGUCUGUCAUGAGGCUUGACUCACAAACUACCUUGAAACCGUCACACCUACAUUGUCAUAGCUUUCAGAACAAAGCGGUAGCUAAGGCAAUAGGCAAGGUCAACACUCCUCAGUAGAUUUGAAUACAGGCAAAUGCAACCUGUGAUCACUUAAGUGCUGCAAAGCUGAACUUGAAUUCAGCACCUGACCUUGCCCCCGAUCACUCUGCUGAUCGGCAUGUAUCAAACGACGACUUCCAGCCACGCACUCCUCCGCGUACCCACACGCACACAUCCUGCAUCUGUUCCGCAUUGACAGAAUGCUCUUCCCUCUGCAGGCAUUUACAACUCACAGCCUGGACAGCAGAAGCACACACCCUCUGUCUCUUUCUGAGCAUGUAGAAACCAACCUCCUCAAUUGCACUUGUCCCCUUGUUUCCCUCAAGGCCAAACUGUCACCCAUUGCCUUUCCAUCACUUUCUGUUUGUUAGUUUAACCUGCAGCACCCCCCCCGCUCUGAUCCCCUAGCUCGUGUUAGCCGGUCCCCAUUGGUGCUCUGUGUGCAUGGGCGGCACAGAUAGGGGAUUGCUACAUUGGAUAGGGUGGGACAACUCUUGCUACUAUUUAAUAUACCCUGCCUUUUACAUCUAGUCACUUUCUGGAUUAAUGGAAAAAAAUGCAUGUGAUUAUUUUUUAUGACAGGAUAUUCUGAGCCACCUUAUUUUGGUUUUCUUAGAGGUAGGAGCCUUGCGCUCACCACUGCCUGUCAGUCGUUUUGCCUCCGUGUGUAAUGGUUAUAAAGACUGCUUUCUUUCCUUUGUCAUUAUGAAUAUGAAUAUUGUGACUAGUGUCAAAGAGUGUAUCCUCAAGAGGGCACUGUGGAGACGGUCUCAAAAUUCCACCUCAGUUGCCCUUUAAGCGCCUCAAAUCUUGUCUGAUGGUCAGGGCCCCUUCGAGAUGGAGGGGAUCAAAAGAUUAGAGAUCAGAUAAGUUUGAUUUUUAAAUCAUGUUUAUGAAGUUACAUAAUCAAAAUGCCUUUGUACACGGUUUUACUGAUCCAUCAUUGUGUCCAAGGUGAUUUGUAUAUAUAAAUAUAUAAUAUUAACCUGUUAUGUAUUUUGGCUCACCACUUGCCGGGCCUUUCACAGUUGGGGACAGUGUUCAAACCCUCGUUCUGUGCUUAAAAGUAAAAAAAAAAAUAGCCUGGGGGCAUUUCCCAGCGCCGCUGAAACCAGAUGCAGUUCUUCACUCACUGAAGUCACAAAGCACCUUGCAAAGGGGAAAUGCAUCAUGUGGACACAGGAGAGAGUCCGCUCCUCUCCUCACAGCCUCACUAUCUGACGAAGCAAUAUUGAAGCCACUGAUCAAGAACAGUCCUUGUCAUAGCACUUCCCGAUAGAUUUGAAUGAAAGGACAUGGAAGCAUACUAUUUUGGCUCUGUAUGUGAUAGUAUGGGAACUCUGUUGGGGAGGGUUAUUUUUUAAUGAAAAUAAAUUUGUUUUUUAUUAA